AUGAAACCAUUGAGUCGAACAAAUGAUCCAAUCACAGCAGAUUUAAUUGAAGGUCUAGUCAAAGCUUCAAAUUUAUCCAAGGAACCAGACAGUAUGCUGAAACUUCGAUCUUUGGCAAAAUCAUUAAAAGAAUCAGAACAUAUUCUUUCUCCGAUUUCAACACUGCAGACUAGCACAGAAAUUGAAACGUGUCUUUGCAAUUUCGACAAAUGGGAUUUCAAUAUAUUUGACCUUGAACGUGUAACCAAUAAAAAACCGUUAACCUAUUUAGGCAUGAGGAUAUUGGACAGUUUCAAUGCAGUCAAUGUACUACGUAUACCUAGUCAAAUAUUGGUUGGUUGGUUGACAGUAAUUGAAGAACAUUACCAUGCUGAUAAUCCAUAUCACAAUGCUACGCAUGCUGGUGAUGUUUUACAAGCAUCAGCUUAUUUUUUGCAACAUAAUUUAAUAAGGUCAAUAUACACCAGUAUUGAUGAGGUAGCAACACUUCUCGCUGCUAUUGUACACGAUGUGGAUCAUCCUGGGAGAACUAAUCCAUUCCUUGUGAAUAACAGUGACCCAUUAGCUAUUUUAUACAAUGAUAUUGCUGUUUUGGAAAGUCACCAUGUGGCUCUGUCGUUUGAACUAACUCUCAAGUCACCUGAAAUCAAUAUCUUUCAAAAUCUUACACGAGACGAGUAUCGAACAAUGCGUAGUUAUAUUGUUGAUAUGGUGUUAGCGACUGAAAUGGUACGACAUUUUGACAUUGUUACAAAAUUUGUCAACACAUUGAGCAAGCCAAUGUUGACAAAGAAUCGACAUCACGAUCGUUCUUCCGUUGGAAGUAUGAGUUCUAUGGAGUCAUGUUCAAUAGGUGUGCCAAUGUCUCACUCAACUUCACCUAGUCCUGGGCAAGAAAGAAUAUCCAGCACAUUAGAAAACUUGUCCACUACAGAGAAUAGAGCUUUAAUUAAACGCCUAAUUAUAAAAUGCUCUGAUGUCAAUAAUCCCACUAGACCAUUGUCCAUUUGUAAGGAAUGGGCAUCAAGAAUAGCUGAAGAAUAUUUUUGUCAGACUGAAGAAGAGAAACAACGUAAUUUACCAAUUGUUAUGCCAAAUUUUGAUCGUCAAACAUGUAAUAUUUCACAAUCUCAAAUCUCAUUUAUUGAUUUCUUCCUGAAAGGAAUGUUCUCAGGAUUCGAUUCUGUUUUCCCUAUACCGGAGCUGAUGAGCAAUCUAGAAAGCAAUACAGCCUACUGGGCAAGUAAUAUAGAAAAAGAAAAACAGCAGCAACAUCAACAACUAAAACAACACGAAACUCGAACAGAAGACAGUGAGAAGUAA